CAGAGGCGACAUGGAAGUGUAAGCGACUAGUCCAAGGGAAACCUGACUCAUCUGGGGACCAUGAGGCGGCUGGCGGCUGGACCUCCGGACCGCGAGCUGGACGGGAAGGAUGCAAACGCGGCACUGCUCAGUAACUAUGAGGUGUACCAGCUGCUAACAGAUCUCAAGGAGCAGCGGAAGGAAAGUGGGAAGAACAAACACAGUGCAGGGCAGCAGAACCUGAACGCCAUCACCUACGAGACAUUAAAAUACAUAUCAAAAACGCCAUGCAGGAACCAGAGUCCUGCGAUUGUUCAAGAAUUCCUCACAGCAAUGAAAAGCCACAAGCUGACCAAAGCCGAGAAGCUUCAGCUGCUGAACCACAGGCCAAUGACCGCUGUUGAGAUCCAGCUGAUGGUGGAAGAGAGUGAAGAGCGGCUCACGGAGGAGCAGAUUGAAGCCCUUCUGCAUACUGUCACUAGCAUUCUGCCUGCAGGACCAGAGGAUGAACAGAGUAAAAGCACCAGCAAUGAUGUGCCGAUGGAAGAGGAAGACCCAGCAUAGAUGUGCACAGCUGGCAAGGUUGUUCGUGGAGUUCAAAGCCCCAGCAGCCAUUUCCUGGAUGUUCAGAGGAUUGUUUAUUUGGUUUUGCCCUCUCUCAAUAUGCCCGAUCUCAGAGUUGGUUGGGAGAAAUUGCAAAAAUAAGAUAUUAAGAAAUCUUUAUGCCUUGAGAUCAAGAAACAUGGGGUCAGAGAAGGGCAGAGGGCUCAAGACGGAACUUGCCUGUGCAGCUUUCUGGGUAGAAAGACUCCUGUGGCCUCUGCCACACUUGUCCGCAGUGCUAAGCUAUUUAGCGCUUUGAUGCCUGUGUUGUAGGCUAUGGCAGGAGCGGCUGGGUGAGAGUGGAGUUGUGGAAAUGGCUCAUGCUUGAGACCUCCACAACUGCUCCUGGGGAGAUGACCCAGAGCUUAGCUCACUCUAGAGGAAUGUCCUUAGCAGAAACAGGACAUUAGAAAAGGAGAUUAAGAGCAAACUCCAGUUUGAGUCCAGCCUGGUCCUCAUAGGAAGAAAAUCACAUGUGAACACAUCUAACAUGCAUGCAUACCACAUACAUACAAAAAAAUUAAUCCUUUUUCUGUUAAUUGCUAAAAACCAUUCUUACAGCUUUGGUAAGUGACAAGGAAAAGAGACUUAUUUUGUCUCAUGGCUCUGGUUCAUGGUCAAAGGGCAUCUGGGUAUGGCCCUGUUAUUGCCAGAGUGCGUGGGUAGCACAGGAUCCCACCUGAUGAAAAAUGAGAGGCACUUGUUUAUUUUCAGUCACUUAUAGCCCAAAUUGACCUUGAACUCAGUCUGUAGCCCACUCUGUCAUCAGACUUUUGAUGAUUCUUUUGCCUCAGCCUCCUUAGCGCUGGGAUUAAAAGUGUAUGCCUCUCAGCUUGAAAGGCAGAGGCCAACCUGGUCCACAUAGCAAGUUCCAGCCACCCGAGCUGCACAGUGAGACCUGUCUCAUAAAAACAAACAAACAAAUAAACACACCAUAUGGUGUGCCACUAUACUGUGUGUGUGUAUUUUGGGGGGAGAGGAAGUUAGUUUGUUUUUUGAGACCUUUUUUGGUCGUAUUUAAUAGGAGUUUAGUGGCAUUAUUAUGUAAUGGGGAGAUUCUUUCUCUCUAGACACCAUAGUUUAUCAAAUAAAAUGCGCAGUGAUAGGUAAUCUCUUUUGAGUCCCAUAGAUCCCCCCCCCCAAAAAAAAAUUAUCGGACAUUGCCAUGACUUCAAAACUCAAUGGUAUGAUCCUUUUGCUAAAGAUAUUCUGUACUGGAGAUGACCUAUGAAGGACAUAAAGUCUGGUACUAACUGGAAACUUCAUCCUAUUAGUUGAGGGUGUUCUUCUGCCAGAAGUACGAGGUAGUGGUUCUUCAUCAGAAGCAUCAGAUUCAGAGGUUUCAGUACCUUCUUUCAUCUUCUCCUUCAGUCUUUCCCCGCGGUACUGGUUAAGAAAUGAAUCCUGUGUGGUGACUAGCUGGCCUGUUCUUCUUCAGGGAGGCUGCAGAUGGACGGUUGAAUGUUCUGUCGCCUUCAGUCUCCCUUUGUCUUAGUUCCUGCGGCAGGGGAACUAGUUGUUCUACAAGAACAUUAGCGCAAUUCUCUUCACUGCUGUCCUCACUCCUGUCCUUGGGAGGAAGUCCAGGAGGCAAAGAUUCUCUACCAAGUAUCUUCACUGCUGGGUCUGGAGAUGUCUUCAUGUGUAUUUGUCCUUCAGAGGAGUGGAGCAGUGGCUCUCCCUGAGGACAACUUCAUAUCUCCAGCCCUCCUCUUCACCCUUCUUCCAGCCAGCUGAUCUGCUGUGACAACCAUGAUGAACCUUGAUAAAGAAACACACCUUCUUAUCCACAGAAAUACAUUCUUUGCCAUAAAUUCAUUUCUGGGUCUUUAGUUGUUUUCUUGGCCACAGAGUCACUGUCAGUGUCCUCAGUUGCCCGCCGAGGAACAUCAGGACCAGGUUUGCCAGCCUUCUGAAGACUUCUGCUUGCUAUUGUUAUUUUGUUUCCCAGAGAUAGAUCAUGAAGACCGAGCUAGACCCAGUCGCUUAAGGGAUUAGAAUGGAUUGUUGAGGCAGGUAGAAAUUCCUAUCUGAUUGGAGGAGGUAGGUGAGAAGGAACAUGCCUUGGUGGCUGUAGUGACCUGUCCUCUUCCUGCUAUUUCUCUCCUCUUUGCUUUCUGUUUGCUGCCUGUGCCCCCACCACCAUGAUGCUCUCUCUCACUGUAGGCCUAGGAACACAACCCACCCUAUAACCACACACUGACACCUCUGAAACCAUGAGCUGAAAUAGACAAACUCCCUUAAAUUGCUGUUGUCAGGCUUUGCUUACAAAAAAGUCUCUAGCCCAGCACUCGGGAGGCAGAGGCAGGUGGAUCUCUGUGAGUUCGAGGCCAGCCUGGUCUACAAGAGCUAGUUCCAGGACAGGCUCCAAAGCUACAGAGAAACCCUGUCUCGAAAAACAAAAAACAAACAAACAAACAAAAAACAACAACAAAAAAGUCUCUAGUAUGGAAGUUGUUCCUGAGUCACAGAUGGAGACCCUGAAGUUGCCAGCAGAAAGAAGCAUUGGCCUGAGGAAUUAGAGCCAUAAGCAGCAAAAGUGGGGUACACACUCCAGGACUAUCUGCUCCAGACAUAGACUCCACAGACUGGAUCAUCAGGCCUCCUAAUCAAGCCUGGUUCUCCUUUUUAAAUGUGUAUUUAUUAACUGGGAGUUGAGCCUCGGGUCUCAUCCAUGCCCAACAUGCUACUGAGUCACGCUCCCAGAAACAAUGGGCAAUCCUAGAUAAAGCUCUCCUGCUGAGCCACAAUUUUGGCUCCUCACUGGAGGAUUCUAAGCAAACACUCUCCCACUGAGUGACUCUCUCCAGUCCUUCCCUGAUGGAGUCUAGGCUAGUUGUACUGCUGAACUCCAUCCCUUGCCCUCUCUCUUUUCCAGACAGGCUAAGCACACAGCUCCUAAUCCUCCGGCUCCAGCAAGUCGCUGCUCUAGGGCUGCAUCACCAUCCUUGGUUGAGCAAUCCUUUUACUGAUCUUUCUUCCUUGGGUUCCUGAAUAUUUCUGAGCAAAUAAAAGGGGUUGUUUUAAUUAGGAUGUGUUUGUUGCUUUUGGAGAUAGGGGUUUCUCUUUGUAGCCCUGACUGUCCUGGAACUUUUUAUGUAGACCAAGCUGGCCUCAAUAGAGAUUUGCUUGCCUCUGCCUCCCAAGGUGGGAUUAAAGGUGUGCGCCACCAAUGCCCAGCUAGUUUCUAUUGCUAUGACCAGUACCUUGACCAAAAGCAACUUAUACUUCCAGACCAUCACUGCUGAAGUCAGGCAGGAACUGAAUCAUGGAGGAACACUGCUUACCAGUUGUCCCUCCUGGUUUGCUCAGCCUGCAUAUCUAUCUGUAUCUCUGUAUUACCCAGGACCCUCAUCCCAGAGAUGGCGCCACUCAAAAAUGAGCUGUGUCCCCCCCCCACAUCAAUUAGUAAUUAAGAAAAUGCACUGCAUUUUCACACAGACCAAUUUUAUGGAGGUUUUUUUCUCAGCUGGAGUUCCUUCUUCUACUUGUAAUGAGUUGCCAUAAAACUACCCAGCACCAGGGAAGAGCAGGCAAUCUUGGGGCUGGGUAGUUAGGUUCCUUAUUCUGUAGUCAGUUCCUGGCUAGAGCAGCAGCUAUUCCUGCUUAAAGCCUCAUUAUUCAUCUACAUGUCUUUGGUGUCCUGUCUCAUAUUUGGGGUCAGAAAUUGUGUUCACAGAAUUAGAAGCUCCAAGUUGUCCUUUUGCAGGGCAGGCUGGAAGGGCCUGGAAACCUGGGAGAUUUGGGGUGAAAUAUUCCAGUUCUUUCCCAGUGAGAGCCUCAGAGAGGAGGACCAGAGCAUGCAUUGGCAGGGUGGGGUUUUGGGGCAAGGAGCCAAUGCUGAGUCAUAGGGGAGCCAGGGAGUCAGGGCCAAGGGCAAGGCACACAAUGCCAGAGCUGCUGAAGGAAAGCAUGGUGGAAGUCAGCAGCAGUGAGCAAGGUCACAAGAGGGAGCUGCAGUUGAUCUCAAGGGCUGGUUUAGGAGAAGCUGGCAUGUGUCUGCAGAUCCCCAGAGCUGCUGGGCUGUUCUCAGGUGGCCUAGGCCUGCUGGAUUGGUUGGUUCCGUACUGGAAGUGCCCAAGACUAGGAGGGAUGAUCGGCCCGGAGUGGACGAGGCUGAGGAGCCUCAACUAGGGGUAUGCCAGGCUGGGGGGAGCAUCAGAUAGGGGUGUCUCUUUUUUGUUUACCUUUCAAAAUAUGUGCAAACAAAUUUAUAAAAUGUGAUAAAGAAUAAAAGCAGGUGAUGUAAAAAUAAA